AUGGCGCCUCCGGACGCAUCGGGAGCGCGGCCGUGCCAGAUGCUGAGCGUGGUGGUGGAAGUUACAUCAUCGAGGCCGCGGCGCAUUGGAAAGUACCUCAUGGGCAGGACGAUCGGGCAGGGUGCAAGCGGCGUUGUGAGGCUGGGAAAAGUCGCGGGGCAAGACGACGAAAUCGUGGCUGUAAAGAUUAUCGACGCCGGCAAAUUUCGCAGCAUAUCGGAGAUCGAGCAGAUCCAGGAAGAGAUCAGCGUCCUGUCCAAUUUGAAGCACCCCAGCAUCAUACGGCUGCUGGAUGUGCACUUCAUCGACAGCGUGUUCUAUUUCAUCAUGGAAUUUGCGUCUGGAGGAUCUCUG